GAAGUGAUUCUCGUAGAGACCACUAUUCCUUCGCGCUGCAGUAUUUUCGGCUUUUUCCCGUGUUUUACUGGGAGACGCCGCUCUCAUUGCCACGGCAAUGGAAGUGGAGUCGGCAGAAUGCCGACGCGACGUGACUGCUUCGUCAGGUACCGGCCCGAGGAAGAGAAAUUGCCCACCGAGUCAAGCUGACAGCGAGGACACUGCGCUGUACUCCUACUCAAGCGAUGACGCCUCAGAUGACGAAGGCUUCGAAAGAGUGGUACACCGGAAGGCCAAGAGAAGAAACAUCAGCGGACGGUCUUCGUCAAGUAAGUCUACCGUCAUUCCACAGCGCAAGCCAUCGGCGCACACAAUUCUUUUUGUGCCGGACGCACCUGCCGACAACCUCAACCGCCUUAAUCGACAAGCGAUUUCCGUUUCUCUGGAGGCUCUUGUCCCAGGAGAAAUCAAAGAUAUCAGAAUUAAUACUCGAAAGAACAUCCUGGCUAUUGACGUCCACAACCGAAGCGCAAUCAAUGCUUUGAUGGUAGUAAAGCUCCUGGGCAACAUUAAUGUCCACUACCUCAUUCCGCAAGACAACGAAACAACGGCCGGUGUUGUUUAUGACAUUGACACAUCCAUUAACGACAGCGACCUGCCAAUUUUAAUCAAACCUGCGACAGAUAGUGUUGCCUUACUACAAGCUCGGCGCCUUGGCAAGUCGACCUGUGUAAGGCUCGUGUUCAAAGGUGACUGCCUACCAUCACAUGUAAAGGUCGGCCACUUUCGUCAUGUGGUACGACCUUUCGUACCAAAACCACUUCAAUGCAGAAGGUGUCAAAGAAUUGGACAUGUGAGUGCUGUCUGCCGAAAUACAACGAUAUUCCCACGAUGUUCCGAACACCACGACACCGACACUUGCCGCGCAACAGAGCUCAAGUGCCCAAAUUGUCAAGGAUCGCACGCUGCGUCCUCAAAAGACUGUCCACGCCUAAAGAAAGAGCAGAAAAUCUUGAUAAAAAUGGCCAGAGACGGAUCGUCACACAGAGAUGCUUCAGAAGCGAUAAGGCGACAUCGCUCCCGGAAACGAAAGUCCAUGAAACCCUCUUCCGGUUCAAGGGAAAUGUCUCGUCCGGCAACGCCACCUCCUGUUCCAUCUGUCUCGAGUAAGAGCACGAAUGUCAACGAAAGAAGUGGCCAUGCUUCAUCAAGUGAUGCGUGGCCGGCACUGCCGAGAACAUGCCACGCGCCAGAGCCACAGCAAAUGACUCGCCAUUUACAGUCAAAUGUCACUACAGUUGACCAAAUGCAAGACAAGGACUCACAAGUGAUUGCCAUGCUCAAAUCGCUCACGAAUGUCAUGCGUCUGCUACUGACGAACAUGGACACUCCGGCUGCUCGUAGCGCACUGCAAGUAUUGGACGCGCUGACUCCAGUACUUGAAAGCAUCGCAUAGCACCAUGGCCCGCCCCUCGCUACCGUUCCACAAGGAAGUCAAGAAAGCAUCUUUACUGCAGUGGAAUGCCCGUGGUCUCAAAUCAAGAAUUUCAGAUUUUAGACAUUUUGUCUUCGAGAACUGUUUUCCCAUCCUUGUAAUUUGCGAACCGAACGUGCAGAAUGUUAUACGUAUUUCUGGCUAUGAGGCAUUCAUGUCCUCUACCUGUGGUGAUGUAAGCAAGGUAAUUGUAUAUAUUAGAAGUGAUCUGACUUAUGUGUUGCACCCAGUUCCGCCUCACGACGACAACCAGUACGUUUGUUUAAUCGUGAAAUCGAAUAAGCUUACGUUCACACUCGUUGCUGUGUACAUUGCUCCUUCAAGUGGCUUCGACUCUAAACGACUACACGACGUGCUAUCAGCGACACCCGGCCCUACGAUUCUCACAGGAGAUUUUAAUGCUCACCAUCCGCUUUGGGGGAGCCUGAAGAUGGACUCCAGGGGAAGGCGAAUAGCAUCCUUUGCCACACAGCACGACCUUUACUGCCUCAACGAUGGUAGUCCGACAUAUUUACGCGGGCCUACCUACAGCAGCUGCCUAGACUUGACCCUGGUUUCUCGGCUUCUUGAAAGAAACGUGCAAUGGUUUACAGACAUUGAAACACAUGGAAGCGACCAUAUUCCGACGUACCUGAAGAUCAAGGGACUAUCGAAAUACUCCUCCAUGACGCUCCGGCGAAUCGACUGGUCGGCGUUUCGGUCGCACAUGGAGGGAGUAUGUCAGCAAGGGAACCCUUCAAAUCCGGAACACGAAAUUCAAAAAGCCAUGCAAGAGGCUACGCGUAGUUUCCAGCCUUUCCCGAAAUAUGCAGAAUUUGAAGCAGAACUGCAGCGACUACGAGCAAUUCGCCGGCGGGCUGAACGAAGAUACAGGAGAACUAAAUCCAUCCAUGAUCUCCGAGAGGCAAGGCGGAUGCAAAAGAAGAUUCAACGUCGCAUCGAUGCACUACAAUCUCAAAGAUGGAAACGCUAUAGGCACAGCGGCUCAAUUAAACGAGAGCACGCUCCACCAGCUAACCAUCCGCAUACGCCGAGAGCAGAACGUCGCAGUGGUCAGCACACCGGACGAAGAACUAGCGGCAAGACUACAGCUGAUCAAGUCUAUAUGCCUGGAAAACGAGCAGUACGAGGUUCAGGCCUAUGUGGCUGCUCCGGAUGCUUCCUGCAAAGGAGUCAUCUCCGGCAUAGAGAAGAACACAACGCCGACAACGCUGAUGACAAAUAUCCGAUCACCGAUGGCUCAGGUCCUGCAUGCAAGAAUGAUGGGAAAUUCAGCCACGGCCAUCAUCACGUUCUCUGGCAUUCGGGUUCCCCGGUACAUCUACUAUUACGGAGCAGAAUACCGGUGCUACAUUCAUAAACCCCGACAGCAGCUGUGCAGCGUGUGCCUCUCCACGGGUCAUCGAGCGGAUGUUUGCCCAACCCCGGAUAAACCCCGGUGUGCUGCGUGCGGAACUUCCAACCCCUCCGAAGGACAUGAUUGCACGCUGAAAUGUUUUCAAUGUGGUGGUGAGCACCCAGCCACUGACUCUCGAUGUCCUGUAAGGCAACGCAAACCCUUUAACAAGAGGCACGUGUUCCGAGAGCAGCAGAAAACGGUGGAGCAACCACUCCAGCACGACAAGCAGUCCAGAAAGGUAACGACAUUCAACGGUGCGGCACCUGCGACUACUGAUGCAACACGUGGUCGUCCUCGCUACCGAUCCCGGGGACACAGCCAGUCCCAAAGUCGCAGUAGGUCCAGGGUCCGCAGGCCGUCUAAGGACCAGAAGCACCCACGUGGUCGAAGCCGAUCUGGGAGCCGCAGCCUGACGCAGCAGACACAGCCACCGAAGGAACCUCAGGCCGCGUGGACGAAAACGCCCGACCAUCACACCAGGAAGGCAACAGCGGUACUUACUGAUCCAGUUCAGGUAAUGAUGAAGAGGCUUACAGUCCUGAAAGGCGACGAGAAUCGGCCUGUCGGCGUGUUGGAGCCCCCGCAUUGUUUUAACAAUAUGGAAAUAGGGAACUAGGAAAACCCAGCCGCGGGAUUCCUUCUACUUCACCGAGUACGCGCGCAGAAGCUUUGCGGUUUCCUAACUGCACAGUUCGCUUCAAUACGAUCAUGAAGCACACUUGAGGACAACACAAGGACCUCUACUCGAAGGCUGUAAGGGUUAGUACAGUCACGUCCACAUCGACGGCUCUCACCCUCGUGGAGACUGGACUCCGAUGCAAUGUGUCUCAUUGUCUCGGAGGCCAGCCUCUACGAGAGAUAGAAAGAGGCAGACGCUGGCUGGGUGACGGCGCCGGUUCCGCUGGGUUGCUCUAUCUGACUUCAUACUCGGAUGUCGAUAAUGACAAGACUCCGGAGAACGCUACAAUCGAAGACGUCAUAUUCGGACCUCAGUACGCAAGAACCCUGCGAAUCGCCUUCAUCGGCGUC